AUGCUCUUUGUUUCUUCUUCGACGAUGGAAACAGAUCUGGAAAUGAGGGUUUGCUUUGAGCUAGGUUUUGCUGAGGAACAAUCGAGUCGAAGGAGAAGACGAAGGGCGACGAGAGGCGAUAGGUUUGCUUCUGACGGUGGUUCGGUCCAAGAUCAUCAGCAUUUACCCCAAGGCGAAUCCACUCACAGGUUCGCUUAUUGUUCUCACUCUACAUUCGCUUCAAGCCCUUUCGUUCCAAGGCUAACAAACGAACCCAAGUUCGUUCCAAGUCCGUCGAUUAUACCCCAAAGCGAAUCCAUGUCAACAAAUCCAAUCACAGGCGAACAUUCACAGUUUUGGAGGCGACGUGGCAAGCUUUUUCACAUCACCCACUGUGUGGCUCCAAAGCAUUCGAAACUUUCAAAUGCAAAAGAACAAGCGGUGAGACGCACAGAGAGCUCCCUCUCAAUGGCGAGCACCGCUUCUUCUACAUUCGGAUCGCCCAAACUCCACUUCUCCCAAUCAUUCACGCACAAAAUUUCAUCUUCAUCAUCGACUCUGCCCAGGAAAACUCGGGUUCCUUCGAUUUCUUCGAAACCAAGCAGAAUAAUAUCAAUAUGCUCGUGUUUAACAGAUAGUUCUUCACUCGAAGCAGUCAAAGCAAUCAGCCCCAAAGUUCAAGUCGAAACAUGCACCUGGAAUUGGAAAGGCUAUUCAAUUCGAUACCAGUACGCCGGAAACAGUGGCCCUGCAUUGGUUUUAGUUCAUGGAUUCGGAGCAAACAGUGACCAUUGGCGCAAAAACAUCCCUGUUCUUGCAGAAUCACAUAGGGUAUUCUCAAUCGAUCUUAUUGGCUAUGGUUAUUCCGACAAACCAAAUCCUCGUGAUCUUGGAGACACUCCAUUUUAUACAUUUGAGACAUGGGGUUCUCAAAUAAACGACUUUUGUACAGAAAUAGUUAAAGAUCAAGCAUUCUUUAUCUGCAAUUCAAUCGGAGGACUUGUUGGUCUUCAAGCAGCAGUAACAGAUCCAAGCAUCUGUAAAGGCAUUGUUCUUCUAAAUAUCUCUCUUCGUAUGCUUCACAUAACAAAGCAACCAUGGUUUGGGAGACCCUUAAUUAGAUCUUUCCAGAACUUACUGAGGAAUACCCCUGUUGGAAAGUUCUUUUUUCAAACUGUCGCAACACGAGAAUCCGUUAGGAAUAUUCUUUGUCAGUGUUAUCAUGAUACUUCCCAAGUGACUGAAGAACUAGUGGACGCAAUCCUUCUUCCAGGGCUUGAGCCUGGUGCUGCUGACGUGUUCCUUGAAUUUAUCUGUUAUUCAGAUGGCCCGCUUCCCGAAGAACUACUGCCUCUAGUAAAGUGUCCGGUGUUAGUGGCAUGGGGGGAUAAAGAUCCUUGGGAACCCGUUGAACUCGGAAAAGCUUAUGGACAAUUUGACACUGUUGAAGAUUUUGUUGUCCUUCCUGACGUUGGUCAUUGCCCUCAGGAUGAAGCGCCUCAUUUGGUGAACCCGUUAGUCGAGUCUUUUAUCGCACGCCAUGCAACAAUGAAAAGUUAGUUUUUGUUAAUUGACAUGAAAAAUUACCAUUUUCUUGUUUUAUUUACAUGUUCAAAAUUUAAGUCAAAGCGGCUU